GCCUGUAGGGAAGAGAAGAAGGGAGAGAGAGGGAAGAGAGAAGGAAGGAUAAGGAGAGAGAGAGGAAGGGAAAGGAAGAAAAAGGGAAGAAUAAGCAGAGGAAGAGAAAGGAAGGAGGAGGGGAAAAAAUAAAUAGGAAGAAGAGAAGGGAUAGAGUGGAUGGUAGAAAUUAGGAAGAAGAGAGGAAGAGAAUGGGAAGGAAAGCGAAGAAGGAAGGAAAGGAAGGAAGAAGAAAAGAGAAUGGGAGGAAGAGGAAAGGAUAGAAGGAAAGAAAGGAAGAUGAAAAGAUGGUGAAAAGAGAGAUGGGUGAUAAAGGAAGAUGAAGAAGUGGAUAAUGGAAGGAGAGAGAGGGAAGAGAAGACAUAUUACGAGGGAAAAAUAAGGAGAAGGAGGAGGAGGAGGAGGAGGAGGAGUUGGACACAAGGAGAAGGACAAAAGAAUAAAGGAAGAAGGGAAAAGUUGAAGAAGAAGGAUAAAAUGGUUGAUGAAAUACAAUUUACAAAUAAAGAAGAAGAAAAAGAAGAAGAGGAGGAGGACGAGGAUACGAGGACGAGGACAAAAGAAUAAAAGAAGGGAAACGUUGAAGGAUAAAAAGAUAAAAUAGCUAAUAAAAAUACGUUACCAAUGAAAAAGAAGAAGAAAAAGAAGAAGAAGAAGAAGAAAAAGAAGAAAAAACACAGGCGUAGGAGGACGACGAUAAUAACAUACGAAAAGGAGUAGCAAAAGGAGAAGGAAGAGGAGAAAGGAAAGAAGGAAUAACACAUGAAAAGCAGGAGGGAAGAAGAAGAAGAAAAAGAAGGAAAAGUAGAAACAGAAGAAGAAAAAGAAGAGGAGGAGGAGGAGGAGGAGAAGACAGCACGCAGAUGAGACACAGCGGACGAGAUGAAGAAAGCUGCGGUCAACCUCUGAGAAUGGUGAAAACGGAGACGCUGGAGACACAUGACGGAGCGAGCGAGCGGUGAAACCAGUGCGUGUGUGUGUGUGUGUGUGUGUGUGUGUCCAAGAGAGGUCAUCUCCACAGGUAGUAUAAGAAAAUCAAGCGAGCGUCGAAAUGUGCCCCGUUGGAAAGGCGAACCUUUGAUUGACAAGGGCAGAGAGAAAGAAGGGCGUGGUCUGCGUGCGUGGGUAAAUGCUCGGCGCGUGGAGAGGGCGUGGGAGGGAAGUAGAGUGCUGGAGGAGGGCGUGGAGGGGAGGUAGAUAGGUAGAAAGAGACGUAUAGGUAGGUAGGGAGUCGACGGCAUGUGUUGUGGUCGGAGCGUGACACUGAGGAGGCUGGAAAGUGUCUCAUCGGCUCAUUCUCACCGUGAUGUGUCGCUGUGCUGUGUGUGGUGAUCGCUCCUGUGUGCUGUGGCGUGUGUCUCGGUGCCUCUCUCUUGUGCCUCGCUGUGCUGUGUUCUGUGGUUGGGAAGUGGUUGGCGUCUCUCUCUCACGCUUCUCCGUAACUUAAAAAACACAGGAGGAAACGAAGUGUAAAUAAGAAAAUAGCGAUAGUCUUUUGUUAUUUUGUUUACGAUCUGCUUUUCUUCUCUCCUCCAAUCAUGUUUUUUCCGUAACUUACAUAAACAGGAAGAGACAAGAACCCAAAGAAAACAAUAGAUAAGAGAUACAUAAUGGCGUUAGAUCCUUGUUUUCUGGCUGAGGGAUGUUUGGAUUCUCUCUCCCGGUCGUGUCUUCCUUAACUUAUACAAACAGGAAGAAACAAACACUCUAAGAAACAAAGUAUAAGGGAAACAGACUCAAAGAAAACAAGGAUAAGAGAAAUGAUACCGACAGUCUUUUGUUUUGUGCCUGAGGAGUGUUUGGCUUGAUUCUCCCCCUCGUGUCAACAGUAACUUAUCAACAGGAAGACAAACAGAGGUAAACAGAACAAAGGAUAGGAGAAAGAAUAACGUCAGCGCUUUGUUUUGUUCCCCGGGCACGUGUCGACUGUCAGGAACGUGAUAAAAACGAGACAAAACGAAGGAAAAAACGACAAUACCCUCACGUUCUUCAUUCCUUUCCUUCUCGUCCUUCAUUCCCCUCCUUCACGCCCUUUAUUCCUUUCCCUCACGUUCUUUCUUCCUCUCCUUCACGUCCCAAGGCAGCGGCGAUAAGAACAGACGUGACGUGUUUGUGUGUUUGUGUGUGUGUUUGUCGUCUGUCGCAGCUGGGAAGUGAAAUCUAAUCGUCUCCUUCAUCUCCUGCGGGAAAGAUGAUCAACCCACUUUACCAGUACCUCCACGCCGUCCCUCCUCCCUCUCCUCCUUCUCCUCCUCCUUAUGAUCCUCCUUACACUCCUCUUCCAUCCCUCUCUCGACUGUCCCUCCAGCAUUCCUUCCUCGCCUCAUCCCUUCACGAGCGCUCCUUACCCCACUUCACCGCCACACGGAAGACAAACUACACACUCCACGCCGCUUCCACACCUGCCUCCACACCUGCGUUCAUACCUGCCUCCACCUCCCUGACGGCGCCUCUCUGUCAUGCCUCGCCGCGCCACCCCGCCAUGCUUGAGAGGGACAGGAUUAGCGCCGCGUCAAAGCCACUCAUCACCACAAUUGACAACCAGGAUCAUGCGCCUCUCACCUCUCGAUGCCACACUCACCCGGCUCGCCCAGACGCCCCUCGACUCCCAUCCUGCCAAGGGCGUCUCGAGGGGAAGCUGGAGGACGUCUCUUACGUCCCACGACCCCAAGGACACUCGCUUUCUGGCUUAUUUCUAGACGGUGCACGGACAGACAGCCUCGCAUCGUUGAGAGAGCCGUGGGUUGAGUCCCUAUCGCCUUCAGCCACUCCCUCCCGCCCCACCUGCAGGAGCCUUCCCAAAGUGCCGUCAUUACAGGCUCAGGUGGCGUCCCUGCCGGUUGGGUACGCGGCGCCCUCCCGCUUCCACGCCCCCCUCCACGCCCCCUUCCAGCGCCCCAUCGCCCUGCCGCCGCCGCCGCCCCCAAGCUGCCGAAAUUACGAUAACGAGAACCUCUUUCCAGCCUCCGCCCGCCACGACGUAGGCUGCGAGGUUGGAGGCUGGGAGUGGAGGGGGGACGUGCUUGCUUUGCCCCUCGCGCCUGCCCCCUCUCGUGCCUCGGUCUCCUCCCGCGCCUCCCUCCCCCUCGCCGGCGUGAUGAGGAGAAGCACCAGCGGGAGGGAUUUCAGCCGAGGUACCCCGUGGGCUGACGAAGGGGAGGAGGACGCUUACUGGACGCCAAGUGAGGGGAGUGAGGAGUCCUUGCACGAGGCCAGGUGGAGUGACGGCAGUGAGGGCUCAUUCCACACGCCCAGGUGGAGUGCGGGGAAUGAGGGGACAUACCAUGGGUCAAAGUGGAGUGAAGGGUCAUGCUGCGGGUCCAGGUGGAGUGAGGGGCCGGUCAGGGAGUCGAGGUGGAGUGAGGGAUCCCUGCUGGAGUUCAGGUGGAGUGAGGGGAGUGAGGGGGCGAGUCAGGCGGCAUCUUGGAGUGACUCUGGAAUUGACGGGGACAUUGAGGAGGCCGAGAGAAGACAGAGGGAAAGAGAAGAAGAAGAAGAAGAAGAAGAAGAAGAAGAAGAAGAAGAAGAAGAGAAGGAAGAAGAAACAUUUAGAGGAGACGAGGAAAUAGAGAAUCCAAACCUUGGCGUCGCGUACAAUUGGUUGACCUCCUUUUGGGGUCUCGAAGUGAGGUCGUCGGAAGGGGAGAGCCUCGUGGUGGCCGCUGGUCGCUGCUUGGGGCGGUACCUGAGGAAGCAGCGCCCCACAUCCCCGCUCACCUGCCCCGCUCCGUCGUUACUGCCCCAGGCGGUGGAGAAGUUCAGCGCCAACACCCAGGAGAUCAGCGCCUCCCUUCGGGCCUUCACGCAAAAGCUUCAGGAGACCGAGUUUCCGAACGAUGUCAACUCCACCGAUGAGCUGCUUCGAUCUCAGCGGGCGGAGUAUCAGGUGCUCAAGGACGACCUGCUCUCCGCCUCGCGCCACGGGGAGACGCUGCUCAACUGCAUCAAGCGUCCCGGCGAGCCACGAUCUGCCCGCCUGUGCCCCGACAAGCUGAUCAACGUGACGGCGGUGGAGCGGCUCCUCGUGCAGCUGGAGGAGACGGAGCGGACCUUUGACGAAUUCUGGACGCGGCACGAGGGUCGCCUCACCCAGUGCCUGCAACUGAGACGCUUCGAGACGGACUUCAGGGAGCUGCAGCAGUGCCUGGAGGUGUCUCUGAAGCAGCUGAGCGGCAUGCUGGAGGUGGGCGACUCGGUGACCCACGUGGACCAGCUCUUGGGCGAGGCGCAGGACUUCCACAUGCUCACCGCCGACCAACUGGAGAAGGCGGAGGAACUGAGAAUCAUUGGCACACAACUGAUCGAGAGCCAGCACUACGCCGUGGACUCCAUCCAGCCCAAGUGUGUGGAGCUGGUGCGGAUGAAGGACGCCUUCCAGGAGCGCAUCACCCACCGCCUUGAGACCCUGCACAAGUGUCGCGACCUUCAGGAGCGCAUCGAGAGGGCCAACAAGUGGUGCACAGAGGGCGUGGAGCUGCUCGCCUGCCAGCAGAUAGAGAGAUGCCAGGCGCCAGAGUUCGCCGAGGAGGCCUUGAGGGAGCUGGAGGAGUUCAUGGCCUCCUCAGACCACAGCCACCUGGGCAGCACCCGGGAACUGAAGACCAUGUUUGAAGACGUCAUCACCCCAGAAACUAAAGGUCUUGUGCAGCAGGUGCUGAAGAGGAUAGAGGAUGUGCAGAUGAUGUGUGAGAAGAGAAAGAGCUCCCUCAAGAGGCUGGCCACGCGCCUUCCCCGGCCCGUGCACGCGGUGACGCCCGAGCCGGCCAUUCCCCUGCACCACUCCCAGAGCCAGUCCAGCGUCCCUCCACACUCCCACCCCGCCUCGCCCCUCCACGCAGACCUUCCCAAGUCCCCCAAGAGCAUGAGGAAGGCCUCCACGCUACCCAAGCUUGGGGACAGCGGAGACUCGCCGGAGUGGACGGGUGACAGUGAGGCGGCGCGGGCCAAGCGAGGGCAUGUCCUGAAGGAGCUGCUGGAUACUGAGCGCGUCUAUGUGUCUGAACUGUGCUCCAUCCUCAAGGGCUACAAGGACGAGAUGCUGAACCCCGAGAUGCAGCCGUUGAUCCCUAUUAACCUGUACGGCAAGAGUGACCUUCUCUUCGGCAACAUGGAGGAGAUCUUCCGUUUCCACAAUGACGUCUUCCUGAGGGACCUUGAGAACUGCAUCAACACCCCGGAGCUGAUCGGCCUCUGCUUCGUCCAGAGGAAAGACACCUUCCAUCGACUCUACUCGCUGUACUGCCAGAACAAGCCCCAGAGCGAGGAGCUGCGGCGCCAAGUUGGGGACACAAACCCAUUCUUCAAGGAGUGCCAGCGACGCCUACACCACAAGCUGCCCCUCGGUGCCUACCUCCUCAAGCCGGUCCAGCGCAUCACCAAGUACCAGCUGCUCCUCAAGGACCUACUGAAGUGUGUCGAGGGGAGCCAGGGCCGCCGGGAGCUGCAGGAGGCCGUGGACACAAUGCUCACGGUGCUGAAGUGCCUCAAUGACUCCAUGCACCAGGUGGCCAUCGUGGGCUUCCCGGGUAACUUAGCAGACCUCGGGAAGCUACUGAUGCAGGGCCCCUUCAGUGUGUGGAACGAGGGCAAAAGGGGCCUCAGGGAGCUGCGACUCAAGCCUGCACAGCGGCAUCUCUUCCUUUACGAGAAAGUGCUGCUUUUCACCAAACGGGCUGGAAAGGACACCGACCGUGCUACUUACCACUUCAAGAGUGCCCUCAAGAUGUCCCAGAUCGGCCUGACGGAGAGUGUGCGCGGCAACAAGGGCGACAUCCGCAAGUUUGAGGUGUGGCUGCAGGGACGGCAGGAGGUACACACCAUCCUGGCGCCCUCAGCGGAGGUGAAGGAGACGUGGGUGAAGGAGAUCAAGCGGGUGUUGCUGGACCAGUUUGAGUACCUGAAGGGGGAGAACAUCAAGCAGUAUUCCUCCAGGAUCCAGAAAGGUGCCAGCCUCAACGGCAUCAGGAUCCCGCCCCUGUCACCCACCACACAGCACAGAGCCCUGCGCCAGACCGCCUCCUGGGACAUGGCGGGCAACGGCAUGAGUGGCAGUGGCGGAUCCAUCAGCUCCAGCAGCUCCGAGGGGCGGCAGAGUGGCGAGGGCAUGAGGGAGGGCAGCCGGCGUUCCACCCGCAGCAUGAGGUCCUCCGAGGGCACGCUUGGGGAUGCCCCGGAGGAGGAGGAGGAGAGCUGGUCCUCCGAUUACUCCGCCUCGGACGAAGAGGAAGACCAAGAGACGUUCUCGGAGGGCACGGAGUACACGUCCUCACGCUUCCUGGUCCUGGCAGACUACAACGCCAUGGGCAGCUCUGAGGUCAGCCUGAGGGAAGGGGACUAUGUGGACCUCAUCAAGGUGGGCUGCGCCGGCUGGUGGUACGUGCGUGUUAGUGGCACACCCUACGAGGGCUGGGCGCCGGCUGCCUACCUGGAGCGGGUACUCAAGAAGGGCAGCCGGUCCUCCCCCUCCGUGAGCAGCCAAGAGUCCACCUCCGGCCUCAAGCACGCCACCUCCAGGACCUCGGUCGCCUCGCUCUCCGCCAAGUCUGAGGAGAUCAACAUCAUGUAAACGGGCAAGACCAAGGGCAAUACAGUGUGCUCAGACCUGCUGGUGGUGGACAGUCCCCUCAAGCCUACACAUCACACCAGACUUGUUGAUGUACAGUUCAUUUCUGGUUCAUGUUACUUAUGACAGUUUUUUAUGUAUAUCCGUCAGCUGAUCUAAGAUUUCUGGGGUACAGGUGAGCAGGACUCCAAUUCCUGGACAUUUAUAGCUGUUACAAAUGGCUGGGGAGAACCUAGACUGUGCUGGAUCCUUGUUGACUUAUAUACUAGAGACUUGCACAAAAACAGCAGACAUCACCACCACCACCACCACGCCAUCACCAACUCCCUCAGAACGUGCUGUGUAGAGGGCCAGCUGACAUGUUCCAGCCUCAGGUGUUCUGGCUCAACUUGGUUCAUAAGUCGAGUCAGCCGUAAGCUUUUCGAGCCCCAGAACCUCACUGAUGCAGCCCAUGUACUCACCGUGAACCUCGCCCCUCCUUGCAUCAAGCUGCCGUGAGGAGUUUUGAGUGGCCGGAGCAAGCUGACGGAUGCAGUCACGCCAAACCAAUCCUUCGUUGCCCUGUCAUUCUCAGAGGCUGCCAAAAAGCACAAACAUUAGAGCAUACGUGGGUGGUAGUAUGAUCUAGCAAGCAGAGGUUUCAGUUUCCUUCUUGCCCGCUAUGAUCUAAGUGAUAGCCAGGACACAUACAAAUUUGUGGACUUCCAUUCUCAUAAGUCUCUCAAUUAGCCAGUUGUUAAUGUCACAUAUAACUAUAUAGCGCUCCUCUCCCACACCUUCAAGGCCAAUCUGGGUCCUCCUCUCACCCCAGUGCUGAGACACGGAGAGUACCCGUGGCGUUCCUUACUCUCCCUUACCGCCUUUGUUGUUCUGAGUACCUUCCUUCCUUUUCUCUGGUUGUGGGUGCAUAUAAGCUGAGUGCCUCCUGGGUGGUGGCUGGAGAGAGCACUCGGAACUGUAACCAAGCAUUUCCAACUCGCCGGGAUCAUUAACCGGCACUUUGUAGACUCUAAGGCACUUAACUAUCAUGUUCAACCUUUGCAUUUCUUCUCGACUCCAGCUUUGGACUUGUGCUUUAGGCUGCUCUUUGCUGCCUCAGUGGCCGGGCUGAGAGAAGCAGUUAUGUUUUCCUACAUAGACUUUUCUCUCAUGACUGUACACCUUCUCAGCUUAAGGAUGAAAAGAACACUUAACAUUUCUAGAGUCUUUCCCCACAUCAUGUUUUCAUACAUUUCCAUAAUUGAAUCAAGUGUGUGUUAACUUUACCACUUGCUCACAGUCCCCCUCACCCUAGCUCCCUGUUCUGCCUGACGAUGCUCCCUUCCCCAUGUAACCCUCAGUUAGCAUGUUUCCCUCUCCUGUGGACCCCCUUAGGGCAGCCACCCGUGAUCAUGUGCCUCAGUACAGGUAGAUGUAGCAUAGAAGUAGAGGUGUGUCCCUGUGUUGCCCCGGGGCCAGCGACUUAUAGUGUUUGUCUCAAGGUUAAGAGUAACGUGUGCGAGUGUGGCUGGAUGGUGCAGUCAUUGUGUGUUUUUAUGAAGGGAGAUUAGCUAAGGAAUAAGGUAAAGGUAAAACAAAUGCCUGCAAAUGCUGUUCUUGACAUAGUGUGUUAAAACUGUGAAUUGAGGGCUCUUCCCACCCACCCAACACACCGGCAGGACCUCAGCACUCUGUCACUCUGUCUCGUGGGAAGCAUGGCCAGGCUGAUGGCGUCUGGCGGUACUGAUGCGUCAAACUAAGCUGCCAUUACACCUAGUACUCAUAAUGGAGAAGCCCGGGCUUGGUUGACAGAGGAGGAGGGGGGAAGGCAGGCAUAUUACUGAGGGCACUUCCAUUAUGAGCUGAGACAGGCUGAGGAGGUGACUAUCAGAAACAGCAAGGCACGACACUUGCAAGCCUGUCUGGACCCACUGCAGGGGAUUGUUGAGUCUUGUGUGAUCAGGCAAGCACGUUGUCACUUUGUUGCUGCUUUGUUCCCUGGCAGUAAUGAAACAUGUAUCAACACAACCAAAGUGAGUGCAUACAAUAAGCAAAACUACCUAUUAUAGCUUUUGAAUUUUGAUGAUUAAUACAUUUUUCACUCCUUAUAUAUGCUUUAUACAGUAAAUAACUAAAAUUGUAAUGUACUUACAGUAACAAUAGUUAACCACGGUGAAGCUCAGAGUUUUUUCUGCAGCUCAGCGGCUGCUGCGGCACAAGCCACUCAACACAAAGCAACUCAACAGAUCCACAAGACCAAAUACACAGUAGGUAGUUGACUCCCAGAAGGUCACAGGUGUGUGUGGGCAGUACAAAAUUGACAAAGCAGAGAAGAAGCCAUAGUGCAAUUUUGUGAUAAAUUAGCAGCAGAGAGAUAGCAGCACCAGCACCUAUGGCAGCCAGUUCUCUUGGGAAGGCCAGCGGCGAGGCUUUGGGGGCGUGCUCCCUUCACUCCUCCGUCCCUGGCACAGUAGGACUUGGCAACCGAUCAUGGCCUUAUAUACACUGCAAGUUUUGUACAACUGCAUAGACAAGUUGAGGCUGAGUGGAGAGGAUCGACCCUGAACCCUGCAGAGCCCAGGCGGCCAGGCGGCCCGGCUCAGCUCAGGGCGGGUGGUGGGCGGGGCCGGUCAGGGCCAGACCUCCGCCCCGCACUACAAUCUCCAAAGUGACUUACUGACUCCUUUUUUGUACAAUGACGAUGUGUCGUAGCAUUCUGUAAUGGUGUUCCAGUUUUCAAAGUGUUGAAUGGUGCUUGUAUAGCCAUGCAUGUACUACUAGCCAGUGGGUGUUCCUAUUUCUAAGGUGUACAGUGUGGCCCCCAGCGGGUCUCUCCCACCCCAGGACAAGUAGGUUCCCUGUCCAGCACGGCUCGGCCCUGUGCUGUCUUUCCCUCGCCGCUGCAUCUCUGACUGAUCCGUGACUCCCGCAGGGCAGGCACCUCCCAGCACAGCCCUCGGCCUGCGCCAGGAACGCUGUGCUGCGUGAACACCUGCCCCCCUCACCUCCUCCUUCCUCCUGUCCUUUCCUCCUUUCCCCAUUAUUGUAAAUACUUGCGCCACCUUUCCCCGCCAAGUACUGCCCUGGAAGGUCCGUGUAUCGGCAGCAAUAUUUCUUUACAUUUUUAUGGUUGAUAAAAAGUAAUCUUAAUUUGUCCAUUAAUUGUCUGGAGAUGUACAUGGGAUUGGCAUAGGAAGUGUUAUAUUUAUAAUUAAGAAACAGUUACAGUUUUGUGUAUAUAUGUACAUAUACUGUAUAUGUACAUACAACAAAUAUAUACAUUUUACUCAUAAGAAUAACAGAUAAUUAAGGAUGCAUUUUUAAUCAUUUCAAUACAGUAAGAGGGAAUUGUAUAGUCUGCAGUCAUAGCAUUUAAUUGGCAAAGAGUGUGUCCAGGAGCUCCUCACCAGCCCGGGCAGGUGUGUGGUGGGCGGCCCAACCCACGCCUGGCUGAGGGAAGUGUAGGGUAACCCUCCACCUGGCUGAGGUGGCCUGACGUGUGUGCCGGGAUGACCCCUCCACACCUGGCUGGAGCAGGUGUGUAGGGGCUCUCCUUCCCACACUGAUCCCGAGCAGGUGUGUGGAGUUAACCCUGUCUACACCCGGCUGGAGCAGGUGUACAGGUAUCACCUCUACACUUCAGGCAAGCAGGUGUGCGUGGGCCGUCCGUCUCGCGCCCGUCUGGAGCGGGUAGGCGGGGGCAGUACCAGUGAGCCGCCUGGCGUCCCCCGGGGCGUGGAGGACUCACUCCCUCGAGCACAGAACACGAGCCGCGAGACACUUGUGUGGACGCCAACUUAACCCUCGCGUCGCAUUCCUGUCACUCAGGCUACUCUCAACUUCCUCCACCGCUACCCAUAUACAUAUACACUAAGAAAUAUAUAUACAUGUAUGUACGUAUUUCAUAUUAUAUACACAUACACUAUACAUAUGAAGGCAUGGUUUUUAAUUACUAUCAUAUUAUACUAUCAUUAUUAUUAUUACCUUCACAUGAUUCUCAAGGCAAAGGACUGGCUUGGGUUGCCCUCUUUUAAAACCCCUUUCCUAGCUGGACAUUUUUUUUUAUUUAUCCUUAUGUAAGCGAAAUUUUGUUGUGACUGUUUAACUUAAGUCUUUCUGACCGAAUUUGUUACACUGGCUGGAGAAUACAAGUGUGUGCGCGCGGGACCUCGGAACUCAUGAAUUAUAGAUACUUUGUCCGAGGGUGUGAUGGCCGAUGGUUCUGACGUCGCUUUUUUAUUAUCGUUACGUGCUCGUGGAUAAGACAUGAAUUGGUGAUCCUAGUCAUGUGUGUGUGUGUGUGUGUGUGUGUGUGUGUGUGUGUGUCCAGCAGGUGUGGGUGGGCGUGGCUUCGGGGCGUCGCUCACGUCAUGGUUACGUCAUUCCGUCGCGUUACGUCAUCAUUUAGCGUCAUCUUCAUUCAUCAUCGUGGAUCAAAGACAUUUUUCCCCCACACUCUAUUUAUUUCCUUUUUAGCCUUUGGAAAUGCCUCUGAAAGUAUUACCGAUAACCCCACCGUCUCCAUUGAUGUUACUCAAUGCAUACAUAACCUGUAAUCUUCCGAAACACUAAAUACUGAUGUAAUAUAUGAAAAUUCAGAAGUUUA